GCAGCACGGUGCGCUUAGGCAUUAUGUCCUUACGCAUUACAAGGCCGAAGAAAAAGUAGUUCCCAUCGACCCAGUCUCAUUUAGGCAAGAUCUCAAUAAUUUAGUUACUUAUUUCUAACGUAUUCUUGUCAAGAUACACUAUCUCAAAUGACUGAAGUAUUGAAAGUAUUGAUACUUGGAUUUCAGAAUCGAUUUUAAAGCAUAAAGGUCUGGCAUCGGAAGUACCGCUAUUUCAGUAUCAGUCCACUCAUCAUUUACAGUAACAUAGUAACCCAACAGAGAUUGACUGAACUGUUAAUAAUUUAUAAAGGUUGUUCCAUUUUAGUAGAUGAGUUGUUUUAAAUCAGCAAGCUGGUAAAACUGCAUCAGUAAGAAACAUGAAGGUCCUGAACAGAGAGGAGCUGCAGAUCGCUGAAGGAGUUCUGCUCAAACACUUUCCGAAGAGUUAUAAGGUGUACGGUUUUCUGUACGGUAUCAACAGGAACAAAUUGACUCCACUGCAAGUUGUCGUUGAUGCAUGGCCGGAUUUUAAAGUCAUCAUCUGCAGACCGGACCCCGAGAACAAACGUGCCCUGAAUUUCAUGAAAAAGGUGACAUACUACAGCACGGAUGAAGAGACUGUAAAGAAAAUGCUGACAGAGGAGAAUACAGUUGAUUGGAGCAGGUAUUUUGUAAUAGGAGGAGUUGAUUUUUCCUGUGCACCAAUGCUCAAACAAGUGUCUUCUGACAGAAGAGUUAACCACAAAGUCAGCAUUUUAGUGCAUCUUCUGUAUUUGCCAGACACCAACCAUCUCCACAUGCCAGUGGUUGACAGUGAGCUUGAAUCAAGGAUUUCGUCUCUCAAUCUUUCCCAUGUUGACUUGGUGAAUAAAACCUGGAAGUUUGGAGGAGAUGAGAUGGGUUACAGGAGGCUUGAAAACUUCAUCAGUAACUUCCCAUCAUGCUGUAUCACAGACAGCCAGGGUCAGCCUGUGUCCUGGAUUCUGGUAUAUGAUUACUGUGCCAUGGGAAUAUUGUAUACUCUCCCAGAGCACAGAGGGAAAGGCUAUGCUAAAGUCAUCAUCAGCACCUUAGCAAAGAAACUCCAUGCCGAGGGCUACCCGGUCUACUGCUUAAUAGAGGAGGACAAUGUGCUGUCCUACAAACUCUUUACAAAGAUGGGCUUCACCGAGGAUCCCUCUUACAGGGCUGCUUGGUUUGAAUUCAAUUGUUGAGUUAGAUUAAACAAAAUGAAUGUCUAGCACACAUUUUUAUCAAGUUCAUAAUCUUUAAAAAUCAUCUUAAUGUGGAAAAGUAGAACUAAAAUGACUGCAGCCCAAAUAAAAAGUCCAUUAUUGCCUCUACCAAGGAGAUUAUGUUUUUGAUAGUAUGCUUGUGAUUCUGUCUGUAAACACAAUAGUUUGAGAAGUUUUGACUGGAUUCUGAUUCAUUGCAGGGGUUUUGAGUGGGGUCGUGUUCAUCUGUUAAUCCAACAAUCAUUAAAAUUGGAUAUACAUCUUUUAAAUGUGCAGCUAACUUUUUUUUUAUCAUAUUUGUAAUUUUGUACACAUCUUCUUAAUUUGUAAAAAUAGAAUUAAAAUGAAAUCAACCCACAUAA